AGUGCCCCUACUUCCGAUUUUUAGCAGGAAGUUUCUCUCGUAGAAAGUCGAGUUGCUGACGAGCCCACUCUCAAGACCUUUCACAAUCAUCUCUCUCCCUCCGGCAAGCAGUCUUGAAGAUUAGAGGAUGGCGAGCUCUCUGGACCAAUUGAAGCUGUACACGGUGGUGGUGGCUGAUACGGGCGACAUCAAUGCCAUUGGACAGUACAAGCCCACAGAUGCCACCACCAACCCCUCCCUGCUGUACGCCGCAGCCCAGCAACCACAGUACAGUGCUCUAGUGGAAGAGGCUCUUGCAUAUGCCAAGUCUCAAUCAAGUAACCUUGACGAACAAGUGACCGAGGCCAUCGACAAGUUGUAUGUGAUUUUUGGAGCCAAAAUUCUCAGCAUUGUACCAGGGAGGGUAUCAACUGAGGUGGAUGCCAGGUUGUCAUUUGACAAGGAGGCCUCCAUUGCAAAGGCCCGUAAGUUCAUCGAUCUCUACGAGAAGGCAGGGAUCGGCAAGGAACGAGUCCUCGUCAAACUUGCCUCUACUUGGGAAGGCAUUCAGGCUGCAAAGACUCUGGAAGAAAAGUAUGGAAUCCACUGCAACUUGACUCUGCUGUUUUCCUUUGCUCAGGCAGUAGCCUGUGCGGAGGCUGGUGUGACUCUCAUUUCUCCCUUUGUUGGCCGAAUCUUUGACUGGUAUGUCAAGAGCACAGGCCAGAAGAGCUAUGCUCCUCAGGAGGACCCUGGAGUGAAAUCUGUGGCGAAGAUCUACAACUACUACAAGAAGUUUGGCUACAAGACCAUCGUGAUGGGAGCUUCAUUUAGAAACACUGAUCAGAUAACAGCCCUGGCAGGCUGUGACAACCUCACCAUCUCACCCAAGCUCCUGGAACAGCUGCAGUCAUCCAAAGAGCAAGUCACCAGACAACUCUCCGUUGAAGGAGCUCAGACUUGUGACCUGGAGAAGAUUUCUCUGACGGAACCGGACUUCCGCAGGGAGCACAACGAAGACCAAAUGGGCGUCGAGAAAUUGUCUGACGGAAUCCGCAAGUUUGCUGCCGACACCCGAAAGCUGGAAGAACUGAUACGGUCAAAGCUGCAGUAA